ACUCGCUCAAACCAAGGUCUGAUUCCUAAGAGUGGCCCACCCCUGCUUGGUCUCCAGAAUGUUGCAGUACGUGGUUGCCUUCUGCCUCGUGGCUGUGUCCUGGGCACAGGACUGCCAGGUGGCUAACAUCCAGGUCAUGCAGAACUUUGACAGGACCAGGUACACAGGCACAUGGUAUGCAGUCGGUAAGAAGGACCCUGAGGGGCUGUUCUUACUGGACAACAUUGUGGCCGUUAUGAGCAUUGAAGAUGGUCAAAUGACUGCCACAGCCGAGGGCAGAGUCAUCAUUCUCAACAACUGGGAAACAUGCGCUAGAAUGAUUGCCACCUUCCAUGACACUGACAACCCAUCCAAAUUCAAGAUGAAGUACUGGGGAGCAGCCGCCAACCUGCAGGAGGGAUAUGACGACCACUGGGUGAUUGACACAGACUACGAUAACUACGCCGUGCAUUACUCCUGCAGACAAGUCGAUGAUGAUGGCACUUGCAAGGACAGUUAUUCUUUCAUCUUCUCCCGACAUCCCACUGGACUGAGGCCCGAAGACGUGGCUGCAGUCACCCAGAAGAAAAGGGACAUCUGCCUGCUGGGAAAAUACAGACGCGUAGACCAUACUGGUUAUUGCGCUACAGCACCUGCUAAGUGAUUUGGGAACUCUCAGGAACAUUCAUUUUGUUUUACCUCUGGACUUUAAAACACUUACCAUCACUGUGGAGAAAAUAAAGCAUUCCGGUUUCACGAACUUGUAUCACUGUAAAUAGAAGACUGGAGAAAUUUGUCCACAUUUUUACUGUUUUUCUGUCAUUGGACUUUCCCUUUCUCAUGUAAAACUCAUACUAUUGCACAGAUGUCAACAAAUCUUACAUAUAUUGGGUUAAUUCUAUGGUUGUAUGAGGUCAAUGAUGCAUUUUACAAUAAAAUGUCCAUGUUUUGUGGGAUUACACAUUCUAAACAAGUGCCAGUUUUCUUUCAUAAUCAUACCAGUUUGUAGUUUGUCAACCUCGGUGGGAUUUCAAUUGGGCAAAUUGUGUUUGGAACAGCCUGACAAACUGCUAAUGCAAGCCCAAAUUUUAUGAGGAAUAUUUUAUUUGUAAAUGAAAUAAAAGUAUUGGAGGGAAAA